GUUGCGGUGCAGAGCUCGUGGACGCGGCGGCGUACAGCAGCGUACCAAACACGGCCAACUUACAGCAAAGCUGCCACUACUGACGACAACCAGCUAUGUGGGAGCGAGGGAGGAUCUGUGGAUGUGACAGCACUCAGUCUUACUACUACUGAGCGUGCGUUAGUGUGAGGGAAGAGAAGAGGGCUGCUUUUCUGCUUGUGUGGAUAUCGCCUCAAUGGACGGGCAACGGGGCUUUUACGAGAUGGAGAACCCGCCAGAGAACCCAAGCAAGGCGGCGGAGUAUCUACAGGAGCUGAAUAAAAUCAUUGAGACCCAACAAGGGCUGCUGGAGAAGCAGAGGGUCCGGAUUGAAGAGCUGGAACUCCAGGUGACGGAUCUUUGCAAGGAAAACGUCUGUCUGAAGGAUCAGCACCAGCGGCACCUGGCCACCUGCAGAAUCCAGCAGGGGAACCACUCCGCCCUGGUAGCCAUCAAGGAGAAUGUCAUGCAGGAAAAGCGACACACCUCAUUGCCUGUAGAAGUCUCAGAGAUCCCUCUAAACCUCAUUGCACCUCCAUGUAGAAGAAGUUACCCCUGUCGCAAAUGGAAGUCUGCGUCUUUUGGUGUGGAAGGUGAUGCUCCAGGCAGCGAGGUGGGCGCCUCUGUGGACCCCAGCUGCGGCUACGGUUCCAUCCCAGUGACCCACAGCGGCGGGCUCGGUCCCGACCACCUGGACAGCCAGCUCUACGGACACAUCUUGCUGCCCGGCCACCUGCGGCCCCGCCGGCCCAAGCUCCAGCACUCACAGUCCAUCCUUCGUAAGCAGGCAGAGGAGGAGGCCAUCAAGCGCUCCCGCUCGCUUUCAGAGAGCUAUGAGCUCUCAUCAGACCUACAGGACAAGCAGGUGGAGAUGCUAGAGCGUAAAUAUGGUGGGCGUUUCAUAACCCGGCAUGCAGCCCGCACCAUCCAGACAGCCUUCCGCCAGUACCAGAUGAACAAGAACUUUGAGCGUCUUAGAAGUUCUAUGUCUGAGAACCGUAUGUCCAGACGGAUCGUCCUAUCCAAUAUGAGAAUGCAGUUUUCCUUUGAAGGACCUGAAAAAGUCCACAGCUCCUACUUCGAGGGAAAGCAGGUCUCGCUAACAGAUGACAGCACCAAAAUUGGCGCACUGGUGCAGUCUGAGCAUAGUGGGGAGAUGGGCGUGCAGGCCAAGACACCCACGUCACAGAGCGACUUCACAGACGCUAUCACAGAGCUAGAAGAUGCCUUCUCCAGGCAGGUCAAAUCUCUAGCUGAGUCCAUAGAUGAUGCUCUAAACUGUCGAAGUCUGCAUGGUGACGAGAACCAGGGAGAGCCGGGGAGAGGUCACCAGGAUAUGGACAGAGAGGUGAGCUGCCAGGUGAAACCCUCCCACGGCGCUUCAGAACACCGCAAACUGGACGAGAUGACAGCGUCUUACAGCGAUGUGACUCUUUACAUCGAUGAAGAAGAACUGUCACCGCCCCUGCCCCUGUCUCAAUCUGUGGACCGACCCUCGAGCACAGAGUCAGACUUGCGUCAGCGUUCCCUCAACUCUUCCCAGGACUACUGGUCACUGGCUCAUAAGGAUGAGAAAGGGGACACGGACACCAGCUGCAGAAGUACGCCAUCUUUGGAGUGCCAAGAGCAGCGUUUGCGGGUAGACCACCUACCUUUGCUCACCAUUGAGCCUCCGAGCGACAGCUCAGUGGAGCUGAGUGACCGUUCAGACCGAAGCUCUUUGAAGAGACAGAACGCCUACGAUCGAAGCCUCAGCAACCAACAGAGCAGCCCCAAAAACAUCAGUCACAGCCUGCCACCCCGAGGGCCUUCCAGAGAAGAGGACGGCACUCGUCAUCGGCCACGACAACUAGAGGCCCACCUGGCCAUCAAUGGCACCGCAAACCGGCAGAGCAAGUCAGAGUCCGAUUUCUCUGAUGGUGACAACGACAGCAUCAACAGCACAUCCAACUCCAAUGACACCAUCAACUGCAGCUCAGAGUCCUCGUCCAGGGACAGCCUGAGGGAGCAGACUCUCAGCAAGCAGACGUACCACAAAGAGACCCGCAACAGCUGGGACUCACCUGCAUUCAGCAAUGACAUCAUCCGCAAGAGGCACUACCGCAUUGGCCUAAACCUCUUCAACAAGAAACCAGAAAAAGGCAUCCAGUAUCUGAUAGAACGAAACUUUGUUCCCGACACUCCAGUGGGUGUGGCCCACUUCCUUCUCCAGAGGAAAGGCUUGAGUAGGCAGAUGAUUGGCGAGUUCCUGGGUAACAGACAGAAGCAGUUCAACCGAGAUGUCCUCGACUGUGUGGUGGAUGAAAUGGAUUUCUCAGCUAUGGAGCUGGACGAAGCACUCAGGAAAUUCCAGGCACACAUCAGAGUGCAGGGAGAAGCACAGAAGGUUGAGCGGCUGAUAGAGGCCUACAGCCAACGAUACUGCAUCUGCAACCCUGGUGUUGUGCGACAGUUCAGGAACCCCGACACCAUCUUCAUCCUGGCCUUUGCCAUCAUCCUCCUCAACACAGACAUGUACAGCCCCAACGUCAAGCCUGAAAGGAAGAUGAAACUGGAGGACUUUGUCAAGAACCUUCGAGGAGUGGAUGAUGGAGAAGACAUCCCCAGGGAGAUGCUGGUAGGGAUAUAUGAGCGGAUUCGCAAACGGGAGCUCAAGACUAAUGAAGACCAUGUGUCCCAGGUUCAGAAAGUGGAAAAACUCAUUGUUGGAAAAAAGCCGAUUGGCUCUUUACACCAUGGUCUGGGCUGUGUACUAUCCUUACCCCACCGGAGGCUGGUCUGUUACUGCAGACUUUUUGAAGUGCCCGACCCAAACAAACCACAAAAGUUGGGCCUGCACCAAAGGGAGAUCUUCCUCUUUAAUGACCUGCUAGUGGUUACUAAAAUUUUCCAAAAGAAGAAGAACUCUGUGACGUACAGCUUUCGGCAGUCCUUCUCACUUUAUGGCAUGCAAGUGCUGCUCUUUGAGAAUCAGUAUUAUCCCAAUGGAGUCCGUCUGACCUCAGCUAUUCCUGGAGCUGACAUCAAAGUCCUCAUCAACUUCAAUGCACCCAAUCCUCAGGACCGCAAAAAGUUUACUGACGAUUUGCGAGAAUCUAUUGCUGAAGUCCAAGAGAUGGAGAAGUACCGGAUAGAAUCUGAGCUAGAGAAACAGAAGGGGGUGGUGAGGCCCAGCAUGUCUCAGAGUUCAGGCUUAAAGAAGGACACGGGCAACGGCAACCUGAGCCGAGCCAGCCUCGACGACAGCUACGCCAUCGGUGAAGGUCUGAAGAGGAGCGCCCUCAGCAGUUCCCUGCGUGACCUCUCAGAUGCAGGCAAGCGUGGGAGACGCAGCAGUGCAGGAUCACUAGACAGCAAUAUGGAAGGCUCCAUCAUUAGCAGUCCUCACAUGCGGCGGAGAACCCCCUCCAACCGAGACUGCCCGUCCCGCCACAGCGGCCAGUCCCUGCCCAACUCCUCUUCACUGCUCGGAUCUUUGUUCGGCACCAGGCGGGUGAAAUCCCCCAGCCCGACCCCACAGGCCCUUCACCCGACCCUCAUCUCCCACACCCCUCACCCCGCCAACCUGCACCACACGGCCCGGUCGGAGACGGACACGUCAGCCUCCAUGCACCACGCCCAAUUCUGCCACUUGACCCAGAACCCCCCGCCUUACCAUCACCACCACCACUACCACCCACCAGCCCACUUGCAGCAUCCUCCGCACCAGUACCACCCACCGCCUGCUCACAGCCAGCAGCCGGCCUACCCGCCUCACCCUCACACACAGCACGGCCACGGGAGCCACUCUGCACACUCCUCCCACCCUGCUCACGGCCCACACCACCACGGCCCGGCGCCAGCACCCUCCCAGGCCCCCAGCAGCACCAAGCCCAAGCACAGCGGCAUCAGUACGGUGGUCUGAGGGGCACAGGGGCUCUCUGACUGAACUUUGAUGAUACUCCGAGGCUCUCAGCUGGUGAGACGGUCGCACUGUGUAUCGGAGGUCUGGGGAUGUGAAGCCAGACGAGAUCCUGUGCCUCCUUCUGCAUUUUUUUUUUGUUACGCUCGUCACAGGGGCAGUUUAUUCAAUAUAAACACACUUCCUCUCCGGUUGCUCCAUUCAUUUCAUUCCAGGUUAUAAGUCAUGUCUGCCGGCUUCAAGAGCAACAGACAACAACGCAAGAGCAUGCACAAAGACCACAACUACUGUUUCUCCUCAGUCAAUUAAAGGAACACGAUCAAAUAUCUUGCUUACUAGUAUUUUCCAGAAUAAGUAAAUAGUUAUCUUGACUUUAAUGUCUAGAAAGUGAUUUUAUCUAGUGUGAGGGUAGUUUGGCUGAACAGACAGACAGACAGACAAACAGACAGACCGACAGACAGACAGACAGACAGCGGUCAUCCUCAGCAGUAAAGUAGCUGUACAAGUAUUUAAUGUAGCGGUAGCUCACAGUGCACUGUGAUAUCUCUGGUAGCAGUGAUAAAUGUGCCAAUUAUUGAAGCAUUUACUAAUUUAGUCACAACAAUUGCUUUAUGUAUAUUGUGCAUAAUAUUUUGUAAAAUAAUAAUAUCAACUGUUAUUCUUAUAAUUAUUAUUACUACAGAACAAAUGGCAUCAAGUUAAACUCUCAGUAUUAUUCUGGCACAUAAGUGGUGUAGAUUCACUGUUAAAAAAACCAAUCAAAGCUUUUGUUAGUUAGGCAAUGCAGUAAGCUGGAAUACUGCUGUAUAUGGUUGCCUUUGAGUUAGAACUUCAGAUUGUUGAGGGCUGGUGCAGACUCGCACACUGGCCUGCAUACACUCAUCUACUGCACUCUUUGGUUUGGAGUAGUAGAAAGACAGCAACACAUUCAUCAGAAUGUCCUCCCGUCAGUUACUGGCUGCUUGUCCGCCCUCAUUUUAUUUUUAAAGAUUUUUUUAGAGUCCAAUAAACAAUAUGAAAUACUCUAUGUUGUACCACAACCUGGUAGGAUUCUUCAAGUCCGUUCUACAGCAUGAGGAGGUUUUUCAUGUUCUUCAUGGAGACUGAAGGAGUCCGUGCAAACUGUGUAGCAGGGAAACAGCAACACGACUGUUUAAGUGGAAGCUCUCAGCUGGCUGAGUGUGCCCUGUCCCUCUUUGGUUUCAUUGUGCGUCUCUUGAGCAGCCAGCGUGUCACACUGCACUGUUUACUCCCUCACUGUGACUUUUUCUUGGAGCCACACAGACACCACAGUACAGAAAUCAAUAAUUAUCAUUCUGUGUUGGUGAUAGCACUCUUAUGCUUCACUCACCACAAAUGGCAGUUUUAUAUCAAUCAUCUUUCUGACAUAUUAUGGGAUGGCUGGUUGUAGCUCCCAGCCAUCCUGUGCACAGUAUCUGCAGAGUGUGCAGAGCAGAGCAGAGGCAGGGGCUGGUAUGCUGGAGCAUAUUUUCUGUUCAAAGUGAUAGACACAGCACUUGUUCUCCUUAGUUGAUAUCAAUGGCAGAAGUUAGUCUGUAUCUGCUUAAAGACUAUGAGAUGGAUUUUUUUUUGUAUGUGCAAUAUGUAUUUACUUUUUUGUCUAAGAGCAAUUCAAUCUGGUGGUUGUUUCAUUUUGCUUAGUUCUGUUAGUGUUGUCUAUUUUUCCCUCUACGUCCUUUGUAAUUUCCUCCUCAAUGUUUCAGUGAAGUGCAAGUAUCCACAUGGAUUUGAAGGGACUGGACCUUCCACACUGAUAAAGAAUGUCAAAGAAAAUAAUUGCAUGUAACAAUGUAUUUCGAGGCUAUUUUCUAACUAUUGUGUAUUCCCAAACUAUAUCAGUGUUACACUUGACAGUUGUUAAAAUAAUAAUGGUAGAAUAGUUUUGACUUCUUCAAUUACAGCUAACUAACUGGAGUCAACUAUGUAUUUGUGUCAAUCCAGAGGAUAAUCAAAUCUGUAUCGUUUCCUGAUCCACAUACAGUAGAUUACUGGAUCUUUAGUGUACAACAGUAGUUAAAGCUUGGUGUUAUAACAGCUGUGAGAGGAAAAGUAGAGCAGGCGUGACGAAAGAUGUACUCUGUCAUCUGGAAAUCAGAGUGAUAAUGGACAGACAGCUAUGAAUAUAAUGGAUGGAACUCGUUUAUCUUCAUAUUUAUCAUCUGUCUCUGUCAAUGGCUCACACAUUACUGUUGUCAAUUGAUAUUCAGUAGAGCAAUAUUCUUAAAUACUUCUGUCCUCAAGGUCCAAGCUGUCAAAGUACCACUGUUUAAUAAAGUACCCUUUAUAAAUGCUUUGCAAUUAAAAACAAUUGUAUAAACUCAAUUAACUGUUAAAUGCAUCAGUGCUAAAUAAGUAAUUUGCUGAAAUAUAAUACAUCAGUAAUAAGCAAUUCAUGAAAAUAACGUUUGGUUUUGCAACCUAGAUUGGUGUGAACCAAGGUUAUUAUAGUUAAUGAAGACUAACGAAAAAACGAAAACUAGAAUUUUCAUUAACUGAAAUAAAAAUAAAAAUGAUAUUUUUUAAGAAAACGAUAACUUACUGUAUUUUGUGGUUACAAAACUAACUAAAAUGAUAGUGAAAAUGUCCUUAGUUUUCAUCUUUGUCAAAUUUUUUCAUACGUAAACCUUUUUGGUUGAUAUGAAAUCUAUUUCAUCUAUCUGGUUUUAUGACUUAAUAAACUUAUUGGGGCUGAGAUGGAUCAGACAAAGGAAAUAAAGGAAACAUUUAUUGUGACCUUAUUGAAUCUGGCACCCAACAAAUACCCCAUUACAAAAAAACUAAAACUAAUAAAAACUAAACUAAAACUAACCAAAACUAUCAAAACUAACUGAAUUUGAAAACAAAAAUUGACAACAAAAUCAAAACUAAAACUAAUGAAAAUUCCAAAACUAUUAUAACAUUGGUGUGAAGUCAUAUUUGCUGGUCCAUCUAAGGACAGUAGGAGGCAGUAACAGCCAAAGAAGCAAUAUGCUGCCAGAGGCAUUGAAGGAGAAGCAAACUAGCAAACAUUGAUUGCACAGACAAGAAACUGUUUUUUCUAAAUGUUUCAUGAGGAAGAAAAAACACUCCGUUUCCUAUUUUGACCUCACGGAUUUUUGGUAAAAAAACAGUAAAUGUAAACAUUACUUUUUGGUAUGAAAGUAAUGUACAGGGCAGCCUCUAGUGGUCACUCUUCAUAAAAGCAGACAAACAGGUGUGAUGUUGGGCAAAAUUUCCGCAGUGUUUUAUGGCAUAUGCGGGCCACCUCACCUUUAAUAAAUGCCACCUCCGUUUUACCCUUUAUCGGGGGAAGAACCGUAUUUGGUAACUUCAGCGGAUAUCCCAAAAAAUAUAUUUAUAUAUAUUUCGAGAAAAAAGUUGUAAAUUUACUAGAUUUAAGAGAUUUAAAGUGGCAAAUGCAUAGAAAAAAAAACACAGAUUUAGGAGAAAAAAGUGCAAUCUGCAAAAAUGUUUCUCGUAGAUUUGCCACUUUAAUCUCGUAAAUUUAUUUCUCAAAAUAGUACCCCCCUCCCCCGGGACCGUAUGUUUUUUUUUACACAUUCUGGCAGUAUGUAAUAUCCUCCAAUAUUCUCUCGGGUUGAAAUUUGCAAGUAUUUCAAUGAGUGCCCUAUUAAGGGUUAACAACAUAUACAGUUUAGUUUCUUCAUGAAAUAAAAAUUAAAGUUAACGGGUGCUAUGUCUUAGAGCAAAUAACAUACUUCCAUUGACCUUGGCUGUUGUUAAUCCUCUAACUCUUUUUAACUACAUUGAACAGAAGAAUAGCAUCAAGUCAAGUCACAUCAAGUCAAAUUUAUUUAUAUAGCACAUUUCAUACGGCAGGCGUAAACUCAAUGUGCUUAAAGUAAAAAUCAUACAUGACAGAAAUACACAAUAUACAUACACUAAACACUGAAUUAACGUUAUAUAUAAAACAGAUAAAAUAAUGUGACAUACAUAAAAACAUAAAAAAUCAGGAUAGGAUCAAUCAUCAGGAUAUGGAUAGCUUUCCACCUCUGCUGAACAAAUCUGGCAAAAUCUUUCUAGAGGAGUAGAACUUCUUGUCAAUAGCUUAUUCCUGAAGUAUAAAGCAUUAGUGAAGUAUUUUUAACUACUAAUAUAGCAAUUUAAAGGGUGUCUUAUUAGACAGUGGUAUUGUUAAAAUAUUUGCUGAUCCAAAAUUUAUUUUGAGGGCUUCAUAUACUCUAGUAGGCUAGUCUAAACUCUAAUAUUUGACUCUGAUCUGUCAAAAAUACAGCAUUAAAGGCACUGAAUCCAGUGUAGUUUAGAUGCUAUGGAGUCAGAAAUGUGCCAAUAUUUCACGGUCAUUACACAUUUACUUAGUUGUAUACCAAAUAAAUUGGAGACCAAAUUGAAUCGUCCCUGCACAAGCCCACAGUAGACCAAUCACAGCUGCAGUCUUCGGACCAGGGUCUGACUAAUAACUAGCUGUUAUGGAAUAAUGGUGCAAACACAAGCCAAGAAGAAACCUAGCUUUAUGAAAUAUUGGUGGCUCUCAGAAUUAUGUUGAUUCAGAGUGUUUUCAGUCACAACCCACCAGGUCCUUCCAGCGACUGAUCAAUAGUAAAAAUCUGUCCAGAUUCCGUGUGAGGUGCUUUGUUGCAUGCCAUUGAUGCCUACCAAUUCUGUUUCUUUUCUUUUUUUAAGUGUUGGUCUAUUAAGCAGUGGGCUUGACUAGCCCCUAAACUUUCAUGUAGUUUUGAUUUCUCUGACUGAUGCUUGUUUACAUUUAGAUAAUUUCUUGCCUACUAGUGUGUCUUUUCAUUUCAAGUUGUGUCAUUUGA